AUGGUUGCUGACGAUGCUUACUACUUAACUCCGCACGAAGCGGCUUUGGCUGUUGUUGCUACGGCUAUGAAGAAAGCCAGACUACAGAUUGGCACGUUGACUUUGAACUCACUGCUUGGUGGAAUUCUGUUCAGUGCCGGAUCUAUCAUGGCAGUUGCAGCACAUUCAGAGAAUCCCACUCUUAUGCGAGAUAAUCCCGGGCUUGCAGACUCUUUUUCCGGUGUGCUGUUUGGGAUUGGGCUUUUUUACGUGGUUAUUAUGGGUGCGGAUCUUUACAAUUCGAAUAUUCUGUUCUUUUCAGUGGGACUGCUGCGAAGGGCUGUUUCCGUGUACGAUUUGGUAGUCUCCUGGUUUGUGAGCCUGCUGGGUAACUUGGCAGGCUCGUUAUUUGUGUCGUAUCUGUUCUGCCAUGUUUCGAAAGUCAGCUCGUCCGAGCUAUGGAAAACUGGAUCACGCAACUUGGUUGAGAGCAAGGCCAGCUUUUCCUUCAUGGAGACGUUUCUAAAGGGAAUAGCGGGGAAUUUUUUCGUUUGUCUGGCGAUUUAUCUUCAACUGAUGGCCAAACCAAUACACGUCAGGCUAAUUCUAAUUAUUUUGCCGGUCUUUACGUUUGUUUCUUGUGGCUUCACACAUGUCGUUGCCGAUAUGGCUCUCUCUUUCAUUGGGAUGCUGAAUGGUGCCGACGUCUCUGUUGGCGAGUACAUUUGGAAACUGCUUAUUCCUGCAGCGGUGGGCAAUGCCAUCGGUGGCUCUGCUUUCGGUCUGGUUGUGCCAUUCUACUUGCAUCUCGUUGUUGUCGAGAAUGAUAGGAAAAAACUAUCUUUACCGGAGUAUGACGCUCGAGAUGAACAACCUGAAUUAAACACUGAUUCCAGAGUGGUAAGGGUUUCACCCUUGGAGGAGAAGGAAGAAGAGUUGGAAAAUGAGGAGGAAGAGGAGUCUGAAAGCCUUGGGAAGCGAGAAACAGAUGUACCCGAUGGUUCAGGUGGGGAUUCCUCUGAUAUUGGCACAUCGCUGUCCCCACAAAGGUCGCUCAAUUCGGAUGAAUCUUCUCUGCGCGAGUACUCUCACUCAUACCAUGGAACUCCUGCAUUGAGAACCGUCAGUUUGAAGUCAGUCACCAGCCGGCGCUCGUCUCGCUCACUACGUUCGGUCGGCGCUCGAUCUCCACCAGGCGUCUUCCCAGUGAGAGGCAUGAGAGAGCCUCUAGGAAGAGAGAGAACCAUUGAGAACCCAUAUUUCGACGCUCUUGAAGAGCCCUUGGACGAAUCACACGAGCACGAACGGAAGAAGGUAGGCUGGCAAGGAUCGCUUUCGCCUCCGGCAAAGAGCAUAGAUGCUAAAAGAUCUUCGAGCGGUUACAGUGUGCUGGAGGACAAGCCUGGGGCAAAGCUGGAGAAAGCAAUAACAAAGUUGGUAGAAAACUCGCACAGGACCAAGACACUUGGUCAAUUACCAAGAACUACUCAAGAAACCUUCCCACAUAAUAGGCCCGAUCUGAGCCCAUCGUACACCGCAGCUAUUGCUGAAAUACCAAGGUGGCAUAGAACGGGCAAGCAUGAGGGGUUAUCCAGGCAGAUAAGGAGCAGUGAGACCACAACAGAUUCCUCCUCAAUUGAGAGAUCGCUAAGGCGUGCCGAGAUUAAUCAUAUUGCUGCUGUGGCAGCAAACUCAGUCGCCGGCGUAGCCGACUUUGACACUUUAGAUUUUCCAGUCUCUCAUUCACCAAGGACGCUCCAUAGAACCCGUCUGCGGCCUCCCCCAGAGCAAUUCGAAGGUUCGAUCAAGGAUGAAGCUUCAAUGAAAGCGAAUUCGGUCUCAAUCGGUGUACUGCAGAAUGACAGUAACAACGGUCAACAGUCGAUCCAGCGAAUAACAUGA